GCGAAUAUUCAUCGAUGACGAUACGGCGCGCACAGUCUUCGUUCAGUGUUCGUAUUGUAGUGUUGCCUUCUCUCCACAGAGAAAAAAAGAAGUAAUAAUCCGUGAAACAAAAGCAAUAAAUCGAGGAAGUGAAGAGCAUAGAAAAAAAAAUCAACGAAGAAGAAGUUAAAGAAAACAAAAUAUUGUGUAUGGUGCACAACAUAGGUUAAGCAAAAAGAAGCUGCACGCCGAAUUAUUGAAAAAAAAAAAAAAAAUAAUAAUAAUAUACAACGAUACAAAAAAAAGAAAAAGAAGAAGAAGCAAUAGAGUGCAACAACAACAGCGUUGUUGCGAUAGGAAUAGAUAAGCAAAGUUGAGUGUAAAAUUGAAAUUGUUUGUGUUUGAUUAGUGGGUGAAAUCGAACGGAUAAAAAUCAAACUCGACAGAAAAUGUCGGGUAACACGGGCAUGGAAGCGCUAAUACCUAUAGUAAAUAAGCUACAAGAUGCAUUCACACAAUUGGGCGUGCAUAUGCAAUUGGAUUUGCCACAAAUUGCCGUGGUCGGAAGUCAAAGUGCUGGAAAAUCAUCCGUACUAGAAAACUUUGUCGGAAAAGAUUUUUUGCCCCGAGGUUCUGGUAUUGUAACUCGACGACCUUUGAUUCUUCAGCUUAUUAAUGCUCCAGCAGAGUUUGGUGAAUUCUUGCAUUGCAAAGGUAAAAAGUUUAUGGAUUUCAGUGAGAUUCGUAUGGAAAUCGAGGCUGAAACGGAUCGAAUAACUGGUAGCAACAAGGGAAUCUCGAAUAUUCCGAUAAAUUUGCGCGUUUAUUCACCAAAUGUAUUGAAUUUGACAUUGAUCGAUUUGCCGGGUUUGACAAAGGUGCCAGUUGGUGAUCAGCCCGUCGAUAUUGAGCAACAAAUUAGAGCGAUGAUCAAUCAAUUCAUUCGCAAAGAGACCUGUCUCAUUCUAGCAGUUACACCGGCAAACACCGAUUUGGCCAAUUCGGAUGCAUUGAAAUUGGCGAAAGAGGUCGAUCCACAAGGUAUUCGCACAAUUGGUGUGAUCACAAAAUUAGAUUUGAUGGACGAAGGCACCGAUGCACGUGAUAUUUUGGAAAAUAAAUUGUUACCAUUGCGUCGUGGCUAUAUUGGUGUGGUGAAUCGUUCACAAAAAGAUAUUGAAGGUCGAAAAGACAUAACGCUAGCAUUGAAAGCCGAACGUGAUUUCUUCUUGGGUCAUGAUUCAUAUCGGCAUAUCGCCGAUCGCUUGGGUACACCAUACUUACAACGCAUUUUAAAUCAACAGCUAACCAAUCACAUUCGUGAUACGCUGCCCGGUUUGCGUGAUAAAUUGCAAAAACAAAUGCUCUCGCUGGAAAAAGAGGUCGAACAAUUCAAACACUUUCGACCAGACGAUCCAAGCAUCAAAACAAAGGCUAUGUUGCAAAUGAUCCAACAAUUGCAAUCAGAUUUCGAACGCACGAUUGAAGGAUCUGGUUCAGCACUUGUUAAUACAAAUGAACUGUCAGGUGGUGCUAAAAUUAACCGCAUAUUCCAUGAACGUUUACGCUUCGAAAUCGUUAAGAUGUGUUGUGAUGAGAAAGAGCUGCGACGUGAGAUUUCAUUUGCCAUUCGUAACAUUCACGGUAUUCGGGUUGGUCUAUUCACACCAGAUAUGGCCUUUGAAGCUAUUGUGAAAAAGCAAAUAUCACAGCUCAAAGAGCCAAUUCUGAAAUGUAUCGAUUUGGUCGUACAAGAACUCUCAACUGUCGUUCGCCUCUGUACUGAUAAGAUGUCGAGAUAUCCAAAUUUACGUGAAGUGGCCGAAAGUAUUAUUACCUCGUACAUUCGUCAAAGAGAGCAAUUGGCCAAAGAACAAAUUUUAUUGCUCAUCGAUUUUGAAUUAGCCUACAUGAAUACCAAUCACGAGGAUUUCAUUGGAUUUGCCAACGCUCAAAAUAAAUCUGACAGCAAUCCAAAUAAAUCUGGUACCCGAACAUUGGGCAAUCAAGUAAUUCGUAAGGGAAAUUUGUGCAUUCAAAAUUUGGGCAUUAUGAAAGGUGGUUCACGGCCCUAUUGGUUCGUAUUGACAUCGGAAAGCAUAUCUUGGUACAAAGAUGAAGAUGAAAAAGAGAAAAAAUUCAUGUUACCUUUGGAUGGAUUGAAACUUCGUGACAUUGAACAAGGAUUCAUGUCACGCAAACACACAUUCGCUCUAUUCAAUCCGGACGGUCGAAAUGUCUACAAAGACUACAAACAGUUAGAAUUAUCGUGUGAAAGUGUUGAUGACGUUGAUUCUUGGAAGGCAUCAUUCUUGCGAGCUGGUGUUUACCCAGAAAAAGAUCAACAAACCGGUGAUAACGGUGAAGAGCAGAACGAAGGAGUGCAGGAACAAGGCGAACAGUCAACCACUUCACUGGAUCCAAUGCUUGAAAGACAAGUCGAAACUAUUCGCAAUUUGGUCGAUUCAUAUAUGCGCAUUGUUACCAAAACUACACGCGACAUGGUACCCAAGGCAAUUAUGAUGCUUGUUAUCAACAAUGUCAAAGAUUUCAUCAACGGCGAACUAUUAGCCCAUUUAUAUGCAUCUGGUGAUCAAAAUAAAAUGAUGGAAGAAAGUCCAGAAGAAGCACAAAAACGCGAAGGAAUGUUGAGAAUGUACCAUGCUUGCAAAGAAGCACUCCACAUUAUUGGUGAUGUAUCAAUGGCAACAGUUGGAACGCCAGUUCCACCACCUGUGAAAAAUGAUUGGUUAUCAAGUGCAUUGGAUAAUCCAAAAUUAUCACCACCCAGUCCAGGUGGACCACGAAAAAUGGCACCACCAACUGCGGUUGGAGCUCGAGGACCUCCACCACCACCAGUAACAAAUCGUGCUGCUCCAUCAAUUCCAAAUCGGCCUGGACCAGGCGCUCCACAAGGUCGACCAGGCGGUGCUUUGCCACCACCAUUAAUCCCAGCGAGGCGUUAAGCUCAUCACUAACCCAGCAAUUAAAACUUAAACCCAUUAAAUAAAACAAAAAUAUAUAAAAAAUAGAAAACAAAAAAAUGCUAUAUAAAUAAAUAUGAGAUAUCGCAUAUUUUGAAUAAAAAUUCACCUAUCUAUUGAAUGUUAUUGAAUUUAAAUGAGAAACUACUAAAAAGAUUAUAUAUAUAUUUAAUGACACAAAAGUUAUGCUAGAAAUAGUGAUUGUUGAAAUAUGAAUAUUGCCGAAAAGUGAUGCAAAAAAAAGAGAAAAUAAAAAACACAUACACCCAAGCCAUUUUUUGAUGGAUCCGAUCAGAAUUUCAAGGCUAAUAAUUUAUACGUUGACAUUGUACAUAACAAAACAAAACAUGAGAAAAACCAAUCUGUAAAGAAUAAACUGGUGUUAAGUUAAAAUUCGUAAAGACCGGGAAAAAACCCAAAAUGAAAAAAAAAAAAUGUCGUAAAUACAAAACUUCCCAUUUUUUUCUUAUGUUUUCCUGCCCAAUACCAAUUUCAAAUUCAUUUUCUCAUUACACUAAACAAACCGUUUGCACCACUCAUACACGCUUUUCCCUCAAUGUGGCUUUUAACAUACAUUUUCCCAAUGCAACAUUAUUCCCCCAUUUACAUUUUACGUAGAGUACAAAAUCGAAUAAAAUCUUAUGAUAAUUAAAAUGAAUUAAAAGAAAUAUAUUUGUCAAUUUGUUUAAAAAAACGACACCAACGAAAUCCCAUCAAAUCGAUGUCGCUUCACAUAUAUUAUAAACUCAUUUCAAUGGUGCACCCUAUUUAUAUUAAAAACAUUGGUGUUAGAGAAGCCCCGAAAAUUGUAUAGAAAAAAAAAACAAUUAAUAAUCUAUGUGUGUUUUGUUUGGUUGCUUUCAUUUCUAUAUUUUUUCUCUUUCAAUCAAUUCAGUUGUCUCCACAUUUUAACAUUACUUACUAAACGAUAAAAAAUAAUUAUCUAAUAUAUAAAUUAAGCAAAGAAUGAUAGAGCAAGAGGUGCUUAAAGUUUUACUCAAAUAAACAUAUUUGGCUUCAGUUGUCACAUGUCUUGUAUGCAUUUAAGAAGAUGUUUAAAAUGAAAUCAGUUCCAUUUCAAACUCAAAUGUGUAAUGUGUGUGAAUGUAUUAAUAUAAUAGCGUGUUCUCAUAGCAAUUUAACAUGUAGAGUUUUAGAAACAAUGAACAAGUUAAUGCCAAUCAUGCGUGAAAUUGACCGGUUUUCUUCUUCUUUUGAUCACAACCGACAGAGUUGAUCACACAAAGCACCCAAAUACGAUGAAAUUCGCUUGGCAUUUUUAUCGUUUAAUUUCGUUCAUUUUCGCGUUUAUUAAACCCUUUUUAUCAUGCUCCAUAUAAGAGCACUCAAUUCGCAAUAAUUUCAAUUAAUUGUAAAUCACAAACACAACGGACACCGUGUGCUUUCAUCAAAUCUAUUUAUUAUUAUUUUUUUCAUUUUCUUCCCACUUCUCCUCUAUAAAUCCGUACACAGACGCGUUCCAAAUCAACCACAAAUUCCAGCACAAAUGCGACAACAAAUAAAUCAGGCUGUUGGUCAAGCGGUCACAAAUGCUGCCGUCAAUGAACUAUCUAGUGUUUUCGCCAGC